UGGUGAAAAUUUUGUGCUCAAGCAGAAAAAAUACUAUUAAAAAUACUAAAACUAUUUAAAAAUCUUUAAAUAUAUUAAAAAAUGUUUGACAAUCGUGGGGAUAAUCGCUCAAUGAAUCGUGGAGGCUUUCGUGACCGUCAACAGCACGGCGGCGGUGGCAGCGGCCGUGGAGGUCCUGUUCGUGGCCAUAAUAUGUCUCAUCAGAGAGCUACUCCAUAUUCUCGACCCCAGAUGGAUCAUCGUCGGGAUAAUGAACGUCAGUCGUAUGACUCUAAUUCCCUUAGAAAUGACGACACGCCUAAUAUUAUUUGGUCAGAAAUUAGUUUGACUCCCUUCAAAAAGAAUUUCUAUACUCCUUGUGCCAGUGUUAAAGAUCGCUCGCAAUCGGACGUGGACAACUUUCUAACUAACAAUGAAAUUACUUUAAAGGGCAGUAGCAUUCCAAUGCCUAGUUUUGAAUUUAACGAGGGUGGUUUUCCCGACUAUGUGAUGACUGGUAUUAAGAAGUUGGGCUUUGCUAAGCCCACUGCUAUACAAGCGCAAGGUUGGCCAAUCGCUCUUAGUGGGAGAGACAUGGUGGGUGUGGCUCAAACUGGUUCGGGUAAAACCUUAGCCUAUGUGUUGCCAGCCGUGGUUCAUAUUAAUAAUCAACCACGUUUGGAGCAUAGCGACGGUCCAAUCGCUUUGAUUCUAGCACCCACACGUGAACUAGCUCAGCAAAUCCAGCAAGUAGCCAACGAAUUCGGCUCCCAAAUUCAAGUGCGUAAUACAUGCAUUUUUGGAGGCGCUCCUAAGCAACCCCAAUCGCGGGAUUUGGAGCGAGGAGUCGAGAUCGUUAUAGCUACUCCUGGUCGAUUGAUUGAUUUUCUGGAGCGUGGCGUAACUAAUUUACGACGUUGUACAUAUUUGGUAUUGGCUGAAGCCGAUCGUAUGCUUGAUAUGGGCUUCGAGCCUCAAAUACGUAAGAUUAUUAAGCAAAUCAGACCCGAUCGCCAAGUGCUAAUGUGGUCUGCCACCUGGCCAAAAGAAGUGCGCAAUUUGGCUGAAGAGUUUCUUGAUAACUACAUACAAAUCAAUAUAGGCUCACUGACGUUGUCUGCUAAUCAUAACAUUUUGCAAAUUGUUGAUGUGUGCGAAGAGGCUGAAAAGACCAAUAAGUUGAACAAAUUGUUGGGAGAAAUAUCUUCUGAAAAAGAUACCAAAACAAUUAUAUUUGUGGAAACCAAAAAACGUGUUGAUGAAAUAACGCGUUCAAUCUCACGUCAGGGCUGGCGAGCCUGUGCUAUACAUGGUGAUAAGUCUCAACAAGAGCGUGAUUAUGUAUUGACUUCGUUCCGCAAUGGCCGCAGUUCGAUCCUCGUGGCUACUGAUGUGGCCGCUAGAGGACUAGAUGUCGAUGAUGUGAAAUUUGUCAUCAACUAUGAUUAUCCAUCCAAUUCUGAGGACUAUGUACAUCGGAUUGGGCGUACUGGACGCUCGAAUAAUACGGGAACGGCAUACACGCUUUUUACUACGGCCAACGCUAACAAAGCCAAUGAUUUGAUACAAGUUCUAAGAGAAGCUAAACAGGUUAUAAAUCCACGUUUAGUGGACAUGGCAUCGCAUUCAAAACGUGGUAACGGAGGCCGUUCCAACAAUUCCGCUGGCUAUCAAAAGUAUUCUCAUGGAAAUCAGUCAAAUUCGAACGGAAAUUAUAAUAAUCGUCAGCAACAACAACAGCCAAGAGCUACUUAUGGAAAUUAUGCUGCACAACCACACCAACAGCAAUAUCCAUCUCAAAACGGUGGUAGAUAUCAUAGCACAAACGCCCCACACGCCAUGGCACGUGCAAAUGGUCAAUUGUCUCGUUUCUCUUCGUCUGCUCCAAAUUCCUAUGAUAAUGUCGCUGGUAAUUCCCUUGAUAAUCACAAGAAGUCUCGUUUUAAUCAACCGGCUCCCUAUCCUUAUAAUACUCACUCAUCAACAUCAUCGUAUGCCGUUCCCUCUGCUUCCGUUUCGGCCGCUGGAACCAAUGACAUGUACGCUUAUCCUCCACCACCUUUACCAGUUCAAAAUUAAAUUCCGUCACACAAAUUCAAAAGAGAGGCUUUAUUAACGCAUUAAUUAUCUCAAAAAGCAGUAAAUUUAGACGUAGUAUUAUUUUUAUCUCUCUUAACUUUCUUAUAAAUUAUUGAAUUUACUUCAGUUAUUUACGCUUUUGUUUUUCCUAUCAUUAAAAUAUGUAUUGCGGUAACACAAAAUACAUUAACAAUCACCAGACGAACCUAAUUACACAUUGUCGUUAAACAGAGCAAAACUGAAAACUUACGUAAAUUACAUAUAUUUCUUAUUAUUCCAUUAUACUAUAGAUGUUUCAAUAAACAUCCAGAUAAUAUUAAUUAAUAAUUUUGCUAUAUUAGUAUUUAAUCUUUGAAUUCCAUUUUAAAUAAAAAUAAUUUUUUUUUUCUUUGGAAUAAAAGCUCCAGACCAUUUUGUUUCUGAUUACAGUAGAGAAAGUUAUACAGUGUAGGAGAAGACUUUUCAAUCUUAGAUAAAAUGCAUUGUGAUGAUGAUUUUCCGUAAGUGACCUAAUGCUGUUAUUAAUAGUAAGAAUUCAGUUCAGUCGCUAGUAAUAGUUGGAUUGACAAACCUUGGGAGAUGGCUUUGUCAAGUUUUAGGUUAACAUAUACGAUAUUGAAUUGUCAUAGACUCACAUCCAUUUUCACUCAUAACACGCAGUCAGCGCAACUUACAGCGCUGACGAACGUAAACAAAGUAGACUUGUCCUUCACUAAAUCUGCCCGCACUCAUACGACGUCUUCUAACAGAAUGCCUACUUUUGUAAAAUUUUAGAUAUAUAGAUGCUAUCAAGAAUAAAAAAAAAAGAAUUAGGAAAAAAAAUUAGCCUACAAUUAAUUGCGGAUAUUGGGAUCGGACGCUUUAAAGAAAAUAUAUACUUGGACGCGAUCAUUCCUCCACAAUAACCCGUGUAGUAGUACAUUUUAUAUAAGACAUUAACGUGGAAAUUUAAUAAAAGUAAUGCUGAUGGAUCAACUGACGUGUACACAAUUAAUUGACCAUAGCUGCUAUGUUCAACGAACAGGAGAUGAGACGACCUGUCUGUUCAAAUGAAUUCAAAAUCGUAAUUAUCGUUAUUAUCUUUGUCUUUGAUCCUGACGUACUGAAGAGCAGGACUUUGCCAAAAGAAUCGAAUUGUCAUCUUAUAUAAUGGCUCUACAGUGAGGCAGAGAGAAAAAGAGAAAUCGCUUUAUUACUAUUAUUGUUAUCAAUGGCAAAAUAUGUGAGCUUUGAAGAACUAUGGUGAACCAACGCUCUGAUCCCUCGUUACUUCUAUGCCGAGGAAGACAAUGAGGUAAUCCGUCGUGUCCCAUAUAUUUAAGUAAAUGAACUAUGACGAAAGCAGUAGAAAGCAGCGGCCAAUAUAUCAAAAAACACGUUAAAAGUUUCAUAGUCAGUUAAGGCCGCGACUAUUAAAUACUUUUCUUUAUAAAAUACCAAAAAUUAGACGCUCUUAUCGGAUAAAGGCUUAAUUUCUAUGAGAGGUCAUGUAUGUCAUGUAGGGUUCCAUGUUCCCAAUUUUUGUACAGUUAGUUUUGAUGUCUAAUUAAUGUAUUGUUGUGUCAAUUAUCAUCAUAAUUAAGUAAUAAUUUGACUUUUUUGCCAUAGAUGGCAAUGAUGAUCCCAUUUCGAUCCAAAUUUUUCACAUCAAUUUUCUAUAUAGCGAAAUAUGAUUACUUAGCAAUUCUUGUCAAGUGUUAGCAAAUUUUG